UGGGCAUCCCACCCUGCAUGCUCCGAAUCUUUCCAACGUGCAUACAUGUCGGUCUGCUAGUCGACAACCCUUAGACGAAGACUUCUUUGUGCAGCCACCAACUUACAAGACCUCCUAGAAGCUUGCUCUUCAGCUGCCUUGAAUCCAUCGUCUAUUGUUCCGUUGCCUUGACAACGGCGAGAUAAACACGGGACUUGCUCCUCAUCUACACAACCGUAGAGACCGCGAGUAGUGAUUCGAGCAACAAAAUGUCACAGUCAAAAACUUCUUCACGGUCGCGUUCUGACGGGAAGAAAGAUUCGUCAAAAGUGCACAAGCUAGCACUGAGAGGUUCAUCCAAGAUCGUCAAUGAGUUCUUCGAAUAUUCAAUCAAUACAAUCCUGUUUCAGCGUGGCGUAUAUCCAGCCGAAGAUUUCACAGCGGUCAAGAAAUAUGGACUGACUAUGAUGGUCACUGCCGACGACCAAGUAAAGGCAUAUAUCAAGAAGAUCAUGUCUCAGCUGAAGGAAUGGAUGUACGGCGGGAAGAUCUCAAAGCUUGUUGUCGUCAUUACUAGCAAAGAGACCGGCGAGCAUGUUGAACGGUGGCAGUUCGAUGUGCAAAUCUUCGGCAAAGGCUCGAAGAGUAAGUCAUCAAAGAAGACGGGAGAUAAGGAGAAUGCACCAGCAGAGGCAAGCGAAGCACCUGCGGAGAAGACAGACGAGGAGAUUCAGGCCGAGAUCCAGUCCAUCUUCCGCCAAAUCACUGCAUCAGUAACCUUCCUGCCAAUGCUUGACGGGAAUUGCACGUUUAACGUGCUUGUCUAUGCGGAUGCAGACUCUGAGGUUCCACUCGAAUGGGGAGACAGUGAUGCGAAAGAGAUCAAGAAUGGCGAGAAGGUGCAACUGAGGAGUUUCAGCACAAGUAGCCAUCGCGUUGAUACCCUUGUCAGCUAUAGACUGGCGGAUUAGGCACAUUUGCAGUUUGUGGUACCGUGUAUAUUCUCAUAUUGGGUUUAGGAUUUUCUUCUCGGCGCAUAGGAGUAGAAGAACAUGGUCUAUCUUGGUUACCAUCAAGGGAAGCGUCACCCCGGAGUAUGCUGAACAGGCGGACAGUUUUCACUCAUUGACCUUGUCUAAUGAAUCUGUCCCAUUCUUAACUCUCGCUGUGCUAAUUGCUCACGCCUUCCCCUGUUCAAACUUCGCUGAAGAUGUCUCUCUACGGCCUGAUGUCCACCAUUUCCACUAUUAUAAUUUGUGACAUCCCUGGCAACUCG